UUAAUCUUUAAUUGUUGUCUCUUUAUUUUUCGUUAACAUUUACAAUUAAGCUAAUUGAGAUUAUCUCAGUUUAAUUGUUUCCCUGUUGUGUUUACCUUUUCUCUCAUCUAAAUUAUCGGUGUAAUCAACUUUCUCUCUGUUCCAUUGAAAAUCCUCUUUCUCUCUCUCUCUCUCUCUCUCUUGUUUCCCUUAUGAACAUUUCAAAUGUAAUCAUGUUUUUUAUCACAAUCAAUAUCCACGGUCUUGCGCCAUUUUAAUGAUAACCCGCCUACAAUAAUAUCAAAUAAAACAUGAAGUAAAAGUUGAUAUAAUCAAAGGCAAACUCAGAAACAUUAUCAUGUUGGUGGAAAUGAUGUUUGGAGAAAGGUUUUGAACAAAGUAAAAUUGUAAGCUUGGUUUCUUCUUCUUUUCUACCUCCUUUCUUUCCUUUUUUUCUCUUUCUUUUUUCUCUAUCUCUUCUUUCUCUAUGUGUUGAUUCUUAUUCUUCUCAUCGUGAAAAUUAAUCGAGAAACUGUUUAGUGUUUCAUUUAAUCAUUUUGGCGAAAUCUCAUUUCAUUGAUACAUUAAUCAUCCUGAUUCCUAGUCCAUUUAAGUAAUGGAUAUUGUGAAAAAUUCAUUGGUUCAAUUUGUGUUAUCCUGUUGAAAUGUUUUCGCCGAUUGUGACUAGUUAAAGAGUAGGAAAUUUUCUUCUUCUAUCUAGUUAAAUGUGUUAAAUUGGUGAAAAUUCCAUUGAUUAAGAAGUUAUAAAGAGAAUAUUCAACUCUAAACAAUUGAUCAGCAACUUUUUUCUUCCGAGAAGAAUAGCUUUUCAACUGACAGUCUGAAUUUCUCUCUCACAAAUCCAAACACACACAACACUCAAUUCAGCAAUAGUAUACAACCAGUUAACAACUCAGUUGUGAACGCCUUUCAUUAGGAACCAUCGCCAUUUUUAACCGGAUCUCCGGACAUCGGAUCGUUGAGUCAGAAUAAAUUAUCAACAUUCAUCUCCACUGGAAGAAAAUUUCCCGAUUACUUGACUUUUGUUUUUCAAGUUAAACCAGUUCCUCGUUUUGUUGUUUGUUUGGUCAAGUUAACUAUUUAUUAAUCAACAAAUCAUCAACCAUGGGAGUCGAUGGAGGAGUAAGUGCCAGUUUCAAUAUAACUACAGCUCAAUUGAAAGAGCUUAUGGAAUGUAGAGGAAAAGAGGCAAUAACGAAAUUAGAAAAAGAUUUCGGUGGAGCUCAGGGUAUUUGUGCUAAACUAAACACUUCACCAACUAAUGGAUUAAGUGGUUCACAAAGUGAUCUAGAAGAUCGUCGACAAACAUUUGGUUCAAAUGAGAUCCCUCCAAAACCACCGAAAACGUUCAUACAACUUGUCUUGGAAGCUCUUCAAGACGUUACACUUAUAAUCUUACAAGUAGCUGCCAUUAUAUCUUUGUUAUUAUCACUCUAUUCGGCUCCUGAUCAUGGUGAAGGUGGAGGUGGAGAUGAAAGUGAAUCAUCAGCCAGUUGGAUUGAAGGAGUAGCCAUUCUUGUUUCAGUCGCCAUCGUUGUCUUAGUUACUGCAAUUAAUGAUUACACCAAGGAAAAACAAUUUAGAGGUUUACAAGAACGAAUUGACCAAGAACACAAGUUUUCUGUUGUUCGAGGAGGCGAAGUCCUUCAAAUACUUAAUCAAGAAAUCGUAGUGGGUGAUAUAUGUCAGGUUAAAUACGGUGAUCUGUUACCUACUGAUGGAGUCUUGAUUGCAAGUAACGAUUUAAAGAUUGAUGAAAGCUCCCUUACUGGUGAAUCAGAUCAUGUACGUAAAGGUGAAGGAAUUGACCAAAUACUUUUAUCAGGAACCCAUGUCAUGGAAGGAAGUGGACGAAUGGUUGUAACAGCGGUUGGUAUUAACUCCCAGGCUGGUAUCAUCUUAGCACUUUUAGGUGCUGCUGAUGUUGAUGAUUCAAAUAAAAAUAAAGAUGCUGACAAGAUUAUCGACUCAACUAUAAUCGCCAACGAAUCGCCUAGUCAACAGAAAAAGUUGAAAGCAGUUAAAUCAAAGAAAGAUGAAGAAAACCAAGAAGCUAAAUCAAUCCUUCAAGCCAAAUUAACCAAACUUGCCAUCCAAAUAAGCUAUGCAGGUUCAAUCAUCGCUAUUUUAACAGUUAUGAUUAUGACAACUCGUUAUUUAAUUGCUGAAUUUGCUGUUAAAAAAGCUCGAUUUUCUAUCGCAAAGGAUUUACAGUAUUUUGUAAAAUUCGUAAUCAUUGGUGUUACUGUUUUGGUAGUUGCUGUUCCUGAAGGUCUUCCAUUGGCAGUUACCUUGGCUUUAGCUUAUUCUGUCAAGAGAAUGAUGGAAGAUAACAAUCUGGUUCGUCAUUUAGAUGCAUGUGAAACCAUGGGUAAUGCAACAGCAAUUUGUUCAGAUAAAACUGGAACCUUGACCACUAAUCGGAUGACCUGUGUUCAAGCUUGGGUUGCUGGUCAUCGUUAUAAAGAGAUACCCAAAUAUGAUGACUUACCUAAAGAUGUUGCUGACCUUGUAAUUGAGGGUAUUUCAAUUAACUCAGCUUAUACAACUCGGAUUAUUGCUCCUGAAAAUCCUGGUGAACUUCCUAAGCAUGUUGGUAAUAAAACUGAAUGUGGAUUAUUAGGAUUUAUUUUGGCUCUUGGUAAACAUUAUCAAAAAAUUCGAGAUGAAAUACCUGAAGAAAAAUUGUACAAGGUUUACACCUUCAAUUCAGUUCGUAAAUCAAUGACCACCGUAAUUAAAACAUCCAAUGGUUUUCGUAUAUUCACCAAGGGAGCUUCAGAAAUUGUUACCAAAAAGUGUACCUUUAUUCAUGGUGUUGGUGGUAAAUUGGAUAAAUUCAGUCGAACUGAUCAAGAUAAUAUUGUUAAAGAUGUUAUCGAACCCAUGGCCUGUGAUGGUCUAAGAACAAUGACCGUUGCAUAUAAGGAAUUUGUUUAUAAUCAACCAACGUCCAUUAAUCAAGUACAUAUUACAGAGGAACCUAAUUGGGAAGAUGAGACUGCAAUUAUAUCUAAACUUACCUGUUUGUGUAUCUGUGGUAUAGAAGAUCCUGUUAGGCCAGAGGUUCCUGAUGCAAUUAGAAAAUGUCAACGAGCUGGAAUAACUGUUCGGAUGGUUACUGGUGAUAAUGUAAAUACCGCUCGAUCCAUUGCAAUGAAAUGUGGUAUAAUUAAGCCUGGUGAUGAUUUCCUAGUUCUCGAAGGGAAAGAAUAUAAUAAACGAAUCCGUGAUUCUAACGGGGAAGUUCAACAAGCCCUAUUUGAUCGUGUUUGGCCUCGACUACGAGUUCUUGCUCGUUCAUCACCGUCCGAUAAAUAUGUUCUGGUUAAACACAUGAUCGAAUCAAAUAUUAGUCCUAAUAGGGAAGUUGUCGCGGUAACCGGAGAUGGUACCAAUGAUGGUCCUGCCUUGAAAAAAGCCGAUGUUGGAUUCGCCAUGGGAAUUACUGGAACUGAUGUAGCUAAAGAAGCUUCCGAUAUCAUAUUGACCGAUGAUAAUUUCAGUAGUAUUGUUAAGGCCGUUAUGUGGGGUCGAAAUGUUUACGAUUCGAUUGCUAAGUUUUUGCAAUUCCAGUUAACGGUUAACGUUGUUGCUGUAAUUGUUGCGUUCGUUGGUGCCUGUGCUAUUGAGGACAGUCCACUUCGAGCGGUUCAAAUGCUUUGGGUCAAUCUUAUUAUGGACACUUUAGCUUCCUUAGCUCUGGCUACUGAACCACCGACAUUAUCGUUACUAUUUCGUAAACCUUAUGGACGAACCAAGCCUUUAAUAUCACGAACUAUGUUGAAAAACAUUGUUGGUCAAACAAUUUAUCAACUUACUGUUGUUUUCUAUUUUCUAUUCCAUGGUCACGUAUUUUUCGAUAUUGAUACCGGAAUGUAUGCCCCAAUUGGUGCUCCUCCAUCACAACAUUUCACAAUCAUUUUUAAUACUUUCGUGAUGAUGACACUUUUCAAUGAGAUUAAUGCUCGUAAAAUUCGUGGUGAACGAAAUAUUUUUGAAAAUAUAACUCGAAAUCCAAUUUUCUGUAUUGUUAUCAUAGUAACUCUUGUUGGACAGGUUCUAAUUGUUGAAUUUGGAGGUCGAGCUUUUUCCGUUGCUCCAUUAACACUAGAACAAUGGAUGUGGUGUAUAUUUUUUGGUGUCGGUGUCAUGAUUUGGGGACAGAUACUUACCACAAUUCCUAAGAGUAUAUUAACUAAAAAAUUCUCAGUUGGACGUAAACCUCCGGAAGAUUUGAUCGUUGCCCCAGUUUCCAUGUGGGACGAUGGUAAACGGGAAUCAUAUGCAAAAGAUAAAGGUUCUGGACGAAUCUUAUGGGUUCGAGGUAUUAAACGUCUUCAACAUCAAAUCCGCGUUGUUCAUGCAUUCCGAACGGGUGUAGAUGGCCGAUCAAUUCCUUCCCAAUCUCUAUUACGAAGUGCAUUCCUUCAUUCCGCUCCGUCUAUCGAUGAGAAAUCAAUGAACGAAGCUCCAUCAUCAGAGAAUGUAAAUGUUGAUAAUCAAGCACACAUUCGACUAUCAUCAGCACAAGAAUGACUAAUCUGAAAAGAGGCGAUAGGAGAAUAUAAGAGAUGCGAAGAAAAGCUGAUUAAUGUAUUCAAAUUGGAAAGAUUUUCAGAAAAGAAAAGUCAUCAUUGUUACACAUCAACGAAUCGACUCGACAAUCGAAAGAAAUGAAAAGUUUACUAAAAGGAAUUGGAAGAAAGAAAAGUUGUCACCGGAAACAUUUCAUCUUUUAAAAAGUAACAUAUUAUACAAAGAAAGCGCAUACACCCACUCAAAUCAUAUUCAUCCUCAUAAUCAACCAAAACAAUUGAAACAAAUCAAGUUUACUUAAACGGAAUCUACUUUAAAUUAAAGCAAAUCAAAAAAAGAAACUGAAUCAAGACAAAGUCAGAUACAAAUCAACUAACAAAUAGAGAGACAGCUUAUCACAUCGCUAACAAUUUAAAGCCCUUGUAAUGAGUAAUAAAUGUUACCUUGUUUUACUCACCUGUUAAUUAACGGUAAAUUUAAAGUGACCUGAAAAUUUUUGGAAGCAAAAGACAAACGAGACAUUUAAAUCUAAUGGAUUAGCAGAAAGGAUUAACAUCAACAAUUGGAAAUUGAAUUGAUAUUUUUAUCCAACUUUACCUUUUCAAUUUAAAAACUUUUUCUCCUCAUUUUUGGAAAACUUUUUUUUUC